CCUGUUGGAAUCUAUUUCUUAAACACAGACACCAGAAAGGUUAACCAACUGCACCUGCUUCCUUGCAGGAGUGAGUCUGUGCUGCUGCGCAUGCCCCAGCCUGUGAAUCCAGUGUUCACUGCAGGGCCCAUCACUGCACUGGUACACAGGCUCAACUGCUUCCGAGUGGAAAUUUCCUUCAAUUAUGAAGUAAGCAAUCACAAUAUCAGCCUGUUUGAGGAUGUGAGAAGUUGGAUGUUUAGACCUGAACAGGAAGGUAGAUCUUUGGAUUCUGACAGACCUGACUAUUUUGCUGCAUGGGGAGUCCGGGGCUUCUCCUCUGGGAAACACUCCUGGGAGCUGGAUGUGGACGACUCUUGGGAUUGGGCUCUGGGCGUCUGUAAGGAGUCCCAGAUAAGGAAGAAUGGCACCAUGAUUACAUCUGAGGACAUAUUUCUUCUUUUAUGUGUGAAGGUGGAUCAUCAUUUCCGUCUCUUGACCAGCUCUCCAAUGCUUCCUCACUAUGUAGAGAAACUCUGGCCUGGGUUGGUAUGUUUCCGGAUUUUGAAAGUGGAAGUGUGAGUUUUUUUAACGUCACCAAGAAUUCCCUCAUAUGGCGUUACCCAGCUGGCUCCUGAAAUUUCCCUGCCAGUCCUUUCUUGUACACUGGCCACAGAUGAUCAGGACGAAGAAACCUGACUGUGUGGGAACUGCUUGUACAAGGGAGCCCUCUACUGUUGAAGCAAGGAAUCAUACUGUUCAGGCUUUUUUUUUUUCUUCUCACUUUAUUACAGUUAAAUAAAAAAUA